AUGAUUCGAUCUGUUUCGAAGACAGACGACGACAACCAGUACACGGACGCCACGGCGGUAAGAAUAACGGAUAAAGACUUUUCUGAGAUGGAAACUGCUAUUUUGGAGACCAUCGAGCUCGGAUCGGAAACCAAUUCCGAAAUAACUACAGAGAAUAGUAGCGCAAUAUCCGCCGCAGAUCUAAGGCCAAAGAUUACCGGGAACGAAAUCAAUAUGAAGCUAAAACCAAAGAAAAACUGCAACGGAAAGCGGGUCACCAUCAACGUCGCCGGGACGAAGUUCUUGGUCAGUUGGGACACUUUGGCCAAAGUUCCCAACACACGGCUUAGCCGAUUGACCAUGUAUGAUGUAGAUCCAGAUGAGGACGAGAUAUUUUUCGAGAGGGAUCCUACGUUCUUUCCGUCCAUUCUCGGUCUCUACUACACUGGUCAGCUUCAUUUCUUGCACAGUCUCUGUGGGCCUGCGAUCCUUACGGAGCUCGCCUACUGGGAGAUACCGGCCACCGCCCUCUCCCCGUGUUGUAAGGAAGCGUGUUUUGUCACAGAAGAAAAGCGACAAGAAAAUCAGAAACUUGCGGAUGAAUUCGGACUGUCAGAACAGACAAGUUACGAAGACGACAAGAGAUGUUGUGGCACAUGGAGACUGAAGCUAAGAAGAUUUUUGGAAGAUCCUCAGUCUUCGACUGGGGCGAAGAUCUGGCUGUUCCUGGCUCUCUUAGCAACAGUCUUCAGUUUCGCCAGCGAAGCCAUUUCCUCAGUGGAGGAAUACAGAACCCCCUUAGACUACGACCCGGCCGUUAACAACUCCACUUUCCGCGAGAUGAUUACAGCUGAUUUAAGCGACAAAGAACUGAUGCGCCUUAUCACUAACGACAACGCUGUUAACAACAUCCUCCGCGAUCUAGCGCAGUUCUUUUUCACCCUGGACAUUAUAUUGAGAAUGGUCGCUUCUCCCAGCAGAUGGCGCUACUUCAAGUCCGUGUUGAAUGUCGUGGACUGCGUGUGGCUGGUGUCUUCCUGGGUGCUCUAUGCCUUCGUCCACUUGUACUGCGCCGAGUGCUGGUGGACAAUGUCCACUCUGGCGUUCCGCACGAUAUUCUGGCUGUACUUCAUCAACAAUAGCCUGCGCGUCUUCCGCGUGGUGCGCAUCGGAUACCUCUUCAUGCCACUGAAGGUGAUUUUUCUCACAAUUAAGGCAAGCAUAGCAGAAAUCGUAACUCUCCUUUUUCUGCUAAUCCUUGGAGCGCUGAUCUUCGGUCCCUUGAUAUAUCUAGUUGAAGUUUCCAAUGACAAAUCAUCCAUGCAUAACAUUCCUAUUGGCUACUGGUGGGCAGUUGUUACCAUGACGACUGUUGGCUAUGGCGAUCGGUAUCCAUCGGAGUUGUUCGGCUACGCUGUCGGAAUUGUCUGCGUCACGGUUGGUUUGGGAUUCAGCGGGCUGCCAAUAUCAGUGAUAAGCGCCAAUUUUAGCAGGUACCAGGCCUUUGCGGCAUACAUAAAGGCGAAAAAAUCCCAGUCACGGGGCAGUUCUCAGGAGUCGGCGUCAAAUGCCAUUUCACCUGAACUGACAUGCAAAGGAUAG